AUGAUUAAUUUUUCAAAAAAAUUGAUUGGCAAGGUUAUGCCAAGGAGCCUAUUCUCGCUGUCUCGAGGAUUUGCCACCCUCACACCUAAGGGGCCGACGAAGGAGAUGAACAUGUGUACGGCCAUCAACGACGCCCUCCACAUCUCAAUGGCAGAGGACCCAACGACGUGCGUCUUUGGUGAAGACGUGGCCUUCGGGGGUGUAUUCAGGUGCUCAGUGGGUCUUAAAGACCGCUUCGGAGAAAGCAGAGUCUUCAACACGCCGAUCUCAGAGAGCGGUAUUGUUGCAUUCGGCAUUGGAAUGGCGGCAGCCGGCCACAACGCGAUAGCGGAAAUUCAGUUUGCAGACUACAUUUUCCCAGCAUUCGACCAGAUUGUCAACGAAGCAGCCAAGUUCCGUUACAGGUCCGGAGGCGCCUGGGAUGUCGGAAAGUUGACGAUGAGGUCAACCUGGGGAGCAGUUGGACACGGAGGCCUGUACCACUCACAGUCGCCCGAAUCGCAAUUUGCUCACGCGGCCGGGUUGAAGAUAGUGGUCCCAAGAGGGGCAUACCAGGCGAAGGGGCUCCUCCUGAGCUCAAUUCGAGACCCGAACCCAGUGAUAUUCUUCGAGCCUAAGAUGCUGUACAGACUCUCAGUGGAUCAAGUGCCAGUGGAAGAUUACGAAAUUGAGUUGUCAAAAGCGGAAGUGGUGAAGGAGGGCAAAGAUGUCACCCUUGUCGGAUAUGGUACCUCAGUUGGAGUUAUGCUGAAGGCGGCAAAGAUGGCAGAGGAGCAGCACGGACUCAGCGCAGAGGUGAUUGACCUGCAGACGGUGUUCCCGUGGGACGUGGAGGCCGUGGAAAACUCGGUCAAUAAGACGAGGAAGUUGCUGGUGACGCACGAGGCACCGAAAACGCUGGGCAUGGGGUCGGAAAUAGCUGCGACGAUAACGGAAAGGUGCUUCUACAAGCUCGAGGCGCCGGUGAAGAGGGUCUGCGGCUACGACACGCCCUUCCCACUGGUCUACGAGAAGUUCUACCUCCCCAACGAGUAUAAGCUCUUGGACGCAAUGUUGGAACUGUGUAAAUAA